CUGCAAAUUUGAAUUCACCAACCUGCAGUGCACUUCCCUCGACAAAACCUUCGCGGAUUUUGAAUUCUGCUAUUUAAGGUCUGUGAAUCGGAGCUACAAGUACAUAACGCUAAAAGUGAACUUGUUCAAAACGCCAGUUACAAAAGUCAAGUUCAAUGGGAUACUGUACAAGCGAUUUAGCGGCUACAGGCCCUUUAUGUUCAAUAUCACUCUGGAUGCGUGUAGAUUUUUGAGAAACCCCGAGUCGAACCCAGUGGGGAAAUACUUUUUCGAAUUCUUCAAUUCCCACUCCAAUCUCAACCAUUCCUGCCCCUAUGAUCACGACCUAUUCUUGGACAAGGUUCCCAUAGACUUUGUGAACCACAGAGUUACGAAGGUGCUGCCCUUCCCUGAAGGCGAUUAUCUGCUGGAAACCCAUUGGAUUGCCUAUGAAAUCGAUCGGGCGGUAGUCAAGAUAUAUUAUAAUAUUUCGUAAUUUCGUGAUUUUGGAAUAUCACUGAAUAGCUGUGCAUUUCAUUGGCAACAAAUGGAUAAUAUAUAAUUGUACCCAUUUAUGUAAUGGAAAUUCCAUUGUAAGAAGUCAAGCGUUUUGAAAAAUUUGUGGUUCCGGAAAACUAAAGAUUGACAAUUUCCCAAAGCUUUGGGGUUGACAGGAAAAUAACCAUCCUAUGUAUAAUUAAGUCCCAAGUGGCUUGUUUGUGAAAACGUGGCCCACACACAACUUUCACUUGCGAAAAGUUGC